AUGGCAUUUUUAUUUGAAGAAGAUCGUGGGUUAACAUAAAUCAAGGAUCCUUAUCCUCACUUAGGACCAGGAGUCUACUAAUAACCCGAAGCUCAUCCAAGAGUAGCAUAUGCUCCUUUUCUUUCAACUGGGAAAAGGCAAACGGAACUUACAAAUAAAUUGAAGAUUCUGAAUCCAGGACCAGGUUAAUAUGAAGUAUCAUAAAACAUGGGAGAUUCUGGGGUUUAGGCAUAUAUGAAUAAAAGCACAAUCAUAGUAAAAGUUUAAGGGAAUGGAAGCAGUGCUUUUAAAAGUGGGAUUGGAAGGUUUUAGGAAGAUAAAAAAGUUAAAGAAAUACCUGGGCCUGGUUAUUAUGAAAUCUAAUAAGUCAACACACAAUAAAAGCAGCCGUUGUUUUUGAAUUAAAAGAUAGAUGAUAUUAGAAGCUAAAACCUUAGAAGAAGAAUAAAUUCAAUUCCUGAACCAAAAGGUUAAAUAGGAAUGAUUUAUGAAGACAUAGAAACUUUAGCUGAGCAUCAAAAGGUUAUGAAAGAGGAAAAGCAAUAAAAAGUAGUAUGUCCAACAACCUAUGAUGUUUUAUAACAAAAACAAUACAGAGGAUUAUCUUGGGAUAAGAGUACUAGGCCAAGAUUUGAUUAAGAGUAAACAAACGAAAUUGGCCCAGGGAAAUAUAAUAUUAUUGAGGAGAAAAAAAAAAGAAACGGAUCUCCUGCUUUCCUUUCUGAAUCUGUUAGAUCUUAUUAUGAUUAAUUGAUUUACAAGACUAAUAGGGAGAUUAAUGCAGGAUUAAGAAAGCAAAUAAAUUACAAAGACUAAUAUUCACCAGGACCUGGAUAAUAUAAUGAAAAUAGAGUAGCAAUUAAAAUUCAAUAAAAAGCAAAGGAGUUUCAGUUCUUUGGAUCCUCUUUGGAGAGAUUUAAAUUAGUUUAGGAUAGUAGUGUAGGUCCUGGAGACUAUAGGGUUUUAGAUUCAUCUUUUGAUUAACAAAUUCGGAAAAAGAACUAUACUAAUGCAACAUUUCUAAGUACAUCCAUAAAAGGAUAACCAAUGAUAUUGGAAGAGCAACAACCUGGACCUGGUGCUUAUGAAAUUUAAAGAGACUUAUAUACAGACUUAGUUAGAAAGUAAGAUAGAGGCCUUAAUGGAUAUUUUGGAGGAAAAGAAAGACGAUUCCAAGAAAAAAUCUCGGUUUGUCAAGCAGGACCUGGAAGCUAUGAUGUUACAAAAGGUGAAAAGAAAAGGGCUGUUAGCUCAUGUUUUAAGUCAUCAUCAAAAAGAGAUUAUGUAAAUAAAAGUUUUGGGCCAGAUAUUGGACAAUAUAGAUUAGAUUAAGAUAGCAUUGGAAAUAGAGUAUAAAAAUAAAUGAAGUUUAUCCAAAAUUUAUAAAAAAUAGAUGUACUAAAACCAGGGUUUUAAUGCGGAGAACAAAGAUUUAAAGAGAAUGCAGAUAUUUAAAGUGUUCCAACCAGUUAUAACUUCUAGGCUCCUCCUGCAAGUUAAAAAUAAAUUACUGCUCCAUUUAAGUCACAAUAACCCAGGCUUGCAUAUAUUGGUAGAUAAUUUACUCCAGGAGUUGGAAAAUAUUAAGUAGAGGCCAACAAUUGGAAAAUUAAUAGCUUUAACACUCAUUAUAAUAAGGUCUUACAAGAAUCUUGA